AAUCAAACCCAAGUCCCAACAGAAAUGAUUACCCCAAAAACACAUCAAAGACACGCCAAAGCCUCACGCCGCCACGUGUACUUCAACACUACCUCUUCACAAAUCCCACGUGGCAACCAAACUCCAUGCAAUCUCCCCACUCCUGACACGUGUCAUCAAACACACUCACACCCCCAUUCUUUCUAUAUAAAUCUUCAAAAAUAGAUUAAAAAAAAAAAUGGAGACUGAAGAACAAGAUUCUCCACCGCCAUGGGAGAUCCUCAACCUAAUCUCUCAGUUCCUCGACCCAAAAACCCUAGCUAUGGCUUCCUGCGUCUCCAAAUCAUGGUCAAUUUUAAUGUCUUCCAACAAUUUAUGGAAACCCAUUUGCCAAACCCAAUUCUCUUCUUCCCUAUCAAAUCUCCACACUCUAACCUCCGUACCCUACAAACGCCUCUACGCAAUCUCACGCGCCGCCGUACUCCGCCGCCAACCGCCGUGUAAACCCCGUUUAUCGCUGAAAGACCUAAUCUUCACCGUCAAUGUGAGGAAGAAAAAUAACAAAGGAAAAGUUUUCGCCGCCGUAUCGAAACCGAUCGGCGGCGGGGACGGGGUUUUCAAAUUCUCCGUCGACGUAGUCAACGGAGAAAAGUCAACGUUUACGGAGGCGGAGGAGGCGGUUGAGGUGGUUUGGAAUGUGGUUUUGGAAGGGUGGAAUGGGAUUUUUACAAUGAUGGAUUGUGAAGGGAAGAUGGGAUUUUUGGCAGGUUGUGAAGGGUGGUUCUCGGCGGAGUUGCCGUUGCCGGCGUGUUUUUCCGGUAUAGUUGGGAGUGGGAUUGUUGGGGAUUUGAAGAUUGGGUUUGGGAGUGGUGGGAGAGUUGAGAAAGUUUGUGUUGGGAUUUUGAAUGUGGUGAAUUGGAGAUAUGUUAGUGUUGAUGAUGGUCUUAGAUAUUUGGAUCAUUUUCUUCUUCCUAUUUGAUGAGUUUGAUAUACAUGUAAUCUAUGUAAUUAUGUAUCUAUAUGUUUAUAUGUAUAGGUUAGCUAGUUUUGGUGGUGUGUUUUUUUGGUUGUUGAGUCAAAGGUUUUGACUUGAGUUUUGUGAUGUAGUUUUUUUUUUUGUGAAGUAGUUUAGUAGUGGAAAUUACAUAAAUUAUGUGUGUAUUAAUCUAG